AUGGAUCUGGACAAGUGGAUUGAGAAAACUACAAAGGACAUUAAAGCUGCGCAGGAUUUAGUCCAGAAGAUUUUGGAUGAGGUGAAUGGGAAUGCUAAGCAGAAGGAUAAUCUUGGAGACCUUGACAAGGCGAUUGAAACGGUUGAGAGCAAGUUACAAGAGAGAGUUGCAGAAUUGACAAAAUGGAAGGAUGCGGCGAGCAGAGUGCUAGAAGGGACGAUUGAUAGUUCUGGUAAAGUGUAUAAAGAUUUGGAUCCCAGUAAGAAAGAAGGCCCUGGCGAGACGACGAAAAUUGGCGAAGGUAUUAAGAAAAUUGAGGACGCUAAAAAGCAAGUGGAGAGUGUGAAUGGUGAACUACAAACUGUUCACAAAGAUUUGCAGGCUUGGAACCUUGCGGCGAAAGAUGUGCUUGACAAAGUCGUUCAGAAGGCGCAGGACGUUCAUAAAAGGUUGGAUCCUAAUCAAAAAGAUGAUCAGCAUAAAAUUGGUACGAACAUUGGUCUGAUUGAUAACGCUAGACAAGGACUUGACGAGGCUAAUAAGACGCUUGGCAUACAAGUUAAGGCUUUGGACACUUGGAUCACCCAAGCGGAAGACAUCCGUGCUGCGGCUGAGAAAAAGGCCAGGGAAGCCUAUGAUAAGUUGAAGGUUAAUAAGACUCUGGAUCUGAAUGUGAAGAAGAUUGUGGAGGCUAAUAAGAAAAUUGAAGGAGUUCAUGGGAAGCUUGGUGGUGUUGAAAAAAGUUUGGGAGAGUGGAAGCAGCAGGCUCAGGGUGUGCUUGGCCGUGCGAUUAGAAAUGCCAAUGAGGUGUAUGAGAGGUUAGAAAGUGAGAUUGGUGCGAAAACUACUGCAAUAGGCUCACACAAUUCUGAAAUUCAGAAGGCAAAUACACAACUUGCCACUCAUGUUACCAGUCUGCAGCAGUGGAACUCUGCCGCCCAGGGUGUCAUUACCAAGGCGGAGGGGAAGUGUGCUCAAAUUCUGGAGAAAGUUAAAACUACAGAUCAAAAGAGUGUAAUUUUUACGCAAGCUGAAAAGUUACGAGAUGAGGGUACAAGACUUUUGAAGGCAGCGGAGCAGGCCAAAAAGGCUGUUGAGGCAAAAGUCUCUGAGGCCUUGGAGGCUGUUGUGAACAUGGACGGAGAUCUCAAGAGGGAUUUGAAGGGUGUGAGAGAUGCGAUUAAGAAACAGAUUUGGAGUAAGAUUGAGGAGUUCCAAGUUACUAAGUUGGACAAUUUGGUGAAAGGGGAUUUGUGGACGUUGAAGGAGAGGAUUGAGGGACUUGGCAAAGGUCUGAAUACUGAUGACAAAAGCCAACCGCUUGUUAAGCAGGCCUUGGAAGAUCUUGCAGCGCAAAAGACACUUUUAGACGCUAUCACUAGUGAUACAAAUGGUUCAAUUCCCAAAGAGACCAGAAAUCUUGAAAAUAAGUUUAAUAAUGCAAUCAAGGAUCCUCUUACCCAGGCGGUCAGUGCAGUUGACCAGGCGAUUGGGACGCUUGGCGGGAAGUUUGGUGUAAGUGGCGAAGAAGAUAAAAAGAAACUUGAGAAGAUUUUCGGGCAUAUUAAAGGAAAGGUUGGGGAGAUUAAGGGGACGCCGAAGAAAGGCGGAACUAAUGGCUCAGGCCUUGAAGGGAUUAAGUCCAAGGUGGAAGAUUAUUUCAAUGCGUUCAACGGGAGUAAGUUCAAGAAUAUAGUGAAGGGCUGGUUGGAAGAUGUUUUGAAGCAUAACGGCGCUGUGAGGAUGAUGGUUGGUAGGAAAGGUUUGUAUGAAGAGAGUGAGAAGAGUAACAUCGAGAACGUCGCAAAGGAGGUUAGGGAUGCACUUGGCGGCGACGCAACGACAGCCGGUAAAAAGGUUGUAGACGGAAACAAUGGCGCUGACGGCGGCACCCAAAAGAUUCAUGCAUACGUCAAUGCUGUGAAACAAGGUUGCGACGCGUUCGCCGAUGCGCUUGAUAAGAAGCUGCAUAAUAAUGGGUUCAGUGGAAUAUACUCCGAGGUCAAGCAGAAGAUGCAGGAUAACAGUUUCAAACCCACAAAAUGCAUCUGCGAGAGCGUAGGCUGCGCAAAGUGUAACGGCGGACGGAACAGCCACGGUAAAGAUUGUAAGGAAAAGGCUUUCAUCGCUGCCGUUUUUUGCGCACUCACCGCCGUGUCACGGCAGGUGGGCAACGAACUGAAGUCUGUGCUGCUCGAGCCAAAGGACGGAAACAACAUCGCUGGCAUCCUGGACACUAUCACGCCGAUUGCCACUACGCUUAACGAGCAGCUCACCGCGGCGACUGCUACCAACCAAAGCACUGACCCAAAUGAAAUCCCCGCCCAAGCCGUGGACAGUACGUUGCAGGCGGUGAGGAGUGAAGUUGAUGGACUUGUAGACAAGUUUAAUUCCCAAGUCAAAAAGCCACUCGAAGAUGCAGUUAAAGAACUUCCCGGGGCCGUUUCCACUUUCAACCAAAAAGCCGAAGCACAGAUCAAGAAUGCGGUCAAGACGGAUCCGCAGGCUGUUCAAUUGGUCUUUUAUUCCAGUCAACUCAUUAAGGCUCUUCUCUUUCACUUCCUUCAAGGUGAACGCGGCGUCUCUGGCGGAGUACUUAAUCGCCGUGCACAGCUCCUUGAGUUUCUCCUUCACUUACUCAACGUUCUCUGUUUUUAUGGUCACGAUGUCUGCGGUGAUUUGAGUGAGGCCUUUGUCUGCUUGACUUUCAUUUGUCCACGGUGUGUCACCGUUAUUAAGGCCAUGUUCUUUCAGAUUCUUCAGCUUUUCGGUGACCUCAGUGUUCAACUGCUGUCUGAGGUUGUUAAGCUCAUUCGUGAUUUGGUUGACGCCUUGGCCGAUGGUAUUGGGCUGGUUGUGCAAUAUGCCUUGUUGACGUUGAAGUUCUUUUUCGAUUUUCGCGAGGCCUUUUUUACUUUCACCUUUAACGGUCCAUGUUUCAGUUGCACUUAG